GUGAUUUAUAUUUUCAGAGUUUGCGCCGUAGUUUGUGGUGUUGUGUGAUCGGACCACACUGUUCAUGAAAUCGUUGUGAAGCCCCACAUGUGUAUCGCGCUGACUGUUGGUGCUCGUGAGUGACGGAGUCUGGAAGUUUUGUGACCCGGGUCUAAGGACUAUGUCUAGUCCGGGUUUUUUCGAUUUCGACACUAACCUGCUCCCAUUGGACGAUCCUCCUGGACAAAUCGACGAUUAUGAUGCGUGCAAUGAGCAGACUUUCGGGCUCGAUGACUUGGGGGAUGAAGAGUGGAACGAGGAUGCGAACGCUGACAUCAUUCAACAAAUCGAGAAAGAGCGGAUACCCAGUGAGCGAGACGAACUCGUUGGCCCGACGGUCAAGCCAUCCAAUGACGAUCAAGAGGACUUCGAAUAUAUAACCGAUAGUAUUCAACAACUCAUGUUGGACGACGAUGACGACGACUUUGGACUGGGACCCUCGGUACCAUUCGAUGACCCGGCAAUUGUCAGUGUGCCAAAAACUCGUCCAGUCGCCAUCAAACUGGGUCAGAGAGGAAUCUCGCCACCGCCAGGUUUACCUGAGUUCGACGAAUACGGUUCUCCUGCCAAAACGAACAUAUGGGCUCCACCGAAUAGUGCUGCAGCCAAGGGUGGCGUAUCAUCUGCAGCGGAGUCGGAUAAAACCCGCCCUAGAUUACCUCCUGGACUAGACAAUCUUCAGUAUUCAGGUGUAGCGAGUAGCGGGCCGCAAACUCGAGUCGUCAGUUCUGGGCGACCAUUCGACGACCCGUCCGUUGUUCACGCCUUGCCGAAAGUGACAAAGGGCGGUGUUCUGCCAGAAAUGAAACGCAUGGGGACGGUUCCGUCACCGGCUAAGAUAAUUUCCCAGCCGAAAACACUAGCAGAAUUGGAGCAGGAAAUGCUGGCCAACGAUGCAAAGAAUCGAAGAGAUGCGCCGCCUUCGUAUCGAGUUCCACCGCCGCAAGAACCUCCUCCGCCACAAGCUGAUCAGACACAGAUCAGGCAACGUCCACCCGUGCCUCCGUUUUUCCCAGAACCACCGCCUGGAAUGUUCGGUCGAUUUCAAGGUCCACCUCCAGGACUUCCGCAAAAUAUGAGACCUAAUUUCCCGCCAGUGCGUGGCUACAUCAUGAAUGGGCCAAUCCCUCAUCAGAUCCAGGAGAGAAUGGCAGGCAUUUUAAAGCCUGUUCCGAUUGAUGGUCGUGUACGAAUGCCACAGCGCCCUCAGUAUCCAGUUGUACAAAACCUGCCUUCUGCCAAUAUGCAACAGCAGCAUAUGCGACCUAUGACCUCUUCGCCACCGUUUGACGAGUUUGCUGGCUUCUUGACGGACAAGGAUAAAACUCGUCUGCAAAAUAUUCAACUCACUCAAUUGAACACGAAUAAUCCCUACAUAGAUGACUAUUAUUAUAUGGUGAAGGAACUUCGAGCGAUUGAGCAGCUUUUGAGAACGACUGAAGCCGGGAACAUGGAUUUGAAGGAACGCCUGAAAGUAGUUUGCAGUGGUAUUCUGAAGGAUCAGUCUGCUUUACCCAGUGGUGGUCAUGCGGCUUAUGUGCCUCCUGUUAUGGAAAAAUCACUCGGUUGUAUACAAGUCGUGAGCGCUAUUGCACCGAGAAAAACUGUCAAUAUCAAGCCAGUUUCGUCCAGAUCGCAGCAAUCCGUCCUCUUGUUGAUUGAGAACCUUUUCUUACGCUUGUUGGAGCUCGAGGAUAUGAGAAGACUUGCGAGUUUGAUGAGCGACGAACUUCUUAAAGAGGCGACUUUGUCCAGAUUGGAAUUGAACCUGAAAUCGAUUGCCUCAUCCGUAGUAUUGGAAUCGAAAGUAACGUUGAUGGCCGUCUCACGUCAUCCUAAAGGACGCAUUUUGCUGGCUAGGCUUUUGACGUUUCCAACACUGGGAGCGAAAAUCGGACCGAAAAUCACGGAUGCGGCGAUGUCUACACUUUCUGUAGCAUUUCCUCGGGAAGUGACGGUGGAUCGUGACGUGUUCCUAUUGUCGCUGACGUCGCCAUCCUGUAUUGGAAGGUUCAGUCUCGAAGAAGUCGCUGUGGCUCUCAUCCAAGUCCUGAAAAACCCUGUUCUAAUGAACACGGUUCUUGUGAAUCGGGUCCUUUCGUUGCCUGGGGAAGCUGUGCGUGACUUGGAACUUAGGUUGAGCGAUUCUCGUGGUUUAGCAACUUCACCGGCCCUGAUUGACUUUGGCGUUCGAAGCGGGAUUCAGGGACAUGCCACACCGCCGUUGAUUGAUCUAGGAGUUACUGGGGAGGUAGAUUCAACGCCCUUGCUAUUACCGACGAAGGUGAACUCAGUGGAUGGUGAAGUUGUGAUCGGUGACGUGGAACCGAUUGAAAUCAAAUUCGCGUUGCGCAUUUCCUACAGUGUCGGUAAUGCGUUGCUCUCGUUUUGCUCAUGUUUUGCGGAAGUUAAGGAUGAAGUGAUGCCGUGUGACGCUUCCCGCGGUCGAGCGUGUUACAAGUGCGCUGGUGCUUAUCAGUGCGUCGUUGCGAACGCGCCGUCAGUCAUGUCCGGAGUGUUAGUGAACGGAGACGCAGUGGAAACUGACCCUGCCGCUGAGUUCCUUGCCCGCGAGCAAGAUGAGUUGGCCGGGCUCGGCGAUGACCUCCCCAACGUUGGCAGGAUCAAGAUUGACGGUGAGGAUGAAGUGAUGCCGUGUGACGCUUCCCGCGGUCGAGCGUGUUACAAGUGCGCUGGUGCUUAUCAGUGCGUCGUUGCGAACGCGCCGUCAGUCAUGUCCGGAGUGUUAGUGAACGGAGACGCAGUGGAAACUGACCCUGCCGCUGAGUUCCUUGCCCGCGAGCAAGAUGAGUUGGCCGGGCUCGGCGAUGACCUCCCCAACGUUGGCAGGAUCAAGAUUGACGUCCCGUGA